CCCUAUAUACUGAACUCAUAAACAAACAGAUUUACUAUGUUUUUAGUUCUGUUUUCUUUCGGUGUUCUGCAAUCAGAAUUACGUAGAACAGAUUGUUGAUUCGUAUUCUUUUCUCUUUUUUUUUUCCUAUUUUGUUCUUAAUUUUGUUGCAUGGCGAAAGGCCGGAGAUUGACGACGAGUAGAAGCGAGCGGUUUUUAGGGAGCUACGGGAAUGGGUAUGCUGCUGGGGAGGGAUCGAUGGAAGGGACGGAGCUUGGAGAGGAGGAGGUGUGGUCGAUGGUAGAUGACGUUGGAGACCGGAAUGAUUCGAUCGUGAAUAACUCGCAGGGUGAGUGGACCUCGGCGGAGAGUAAUGGGAGCUCGGCAAGGAGGAAUCGCCGAGCACCGCGGGGUAGUGAUCGCCACGUGGGUGGGUUGUCCUUGGCUUUCGAAGAUUCGUUGGCGUCGUCGUCGAGGAUCGUACAUCAGGUGAGGAGUCAAGAGGGCGUGGCGGUCACUCCACGUGGGCAGCAUCACAUGGCCACGUCAGCUCCGGUGCAUGUGCCGGACUGGAGCCAGAUUUACCGGGUGGACUCGGUGGAAUCGAUGCAUGACUCGGACGACGGGUGGGACGAUGGUGACUCGGAGAUGGUGCCACCCCACGAGUACUUGGCGCGUGAGUAUGCUCGGAGCAAGAAAUCCGGUGGCGCUUCAGUCUUUGAGGGCGUCGGUCGGACCCUCAAGGGUCGGGACCUGAGAAGGGUGAGGGAUGCAGUCUGGAGCCAAACUGGAUUCGACGGUUAAAAACCCUAAUUUGAUUUAAGGCAAGUUAUUAACGCAGGCUUAAUUCUUAAUUGAUUGAAGCCAUUUAAUUUCAUUUUUCUUGAGCAAUGAUUCAGCCGAGUCUACUCAACUGAGUUCACUCAGAGCCAGUGAGCUCAAGCAGGAUUAAGAUUGAUGAUGGGGUCUCUUAUUUUUGUUUUCUUGGGUUGGAAAUUUAAGAAUGUAUCCAUUUUUCUCGGUUGUGACUUGAGGUUAGAAAUGAAUCUAAGGAUUUUCAGACAAAAAAAAACCCUAAUACGAUGUCUUGUAGUCUGUCCAAAUUUCGGGUAACUUCCAAAAUCUCUGGCGUAAGAUAUGUUUUCUGUUUACGUUUUUGUCACAUAAUUGCAUAUUAAAUUAUGGUUUGGUUG